GACAUUUUUUGAAAUGAUCAUUUUAAAAAAAGCAUGUCAUAUUGUAGAAAAGACUGCACAUUCAUAUAAAAUACCUCACAUCUAAGUUAUUUUAUUUAGAAAGCAUCGAUCUGACCUAUUGUUUAGUUAAUUGACGGAUGUGAAUCUAACAAUGUACAAGAACUGGCGUGUAGAACUUUCCCAAAGAUCUAUAGAAUUAUUUGAAUUAAUGAGAACACAGUGCUUAAAUAGAGGACAUGGAGGAAUUAAAGAACUUGCUGUCCUCUUCCGAAAGAUGGACCUGGACUUUUCAAAAAGGAUCUGUUAUGAAGAAUUGCGCCUCGGUUUAGAGAACUAUGGAAUGGAAAUUACACAAAGUGAUUUGAAACUUUUGUUCUUGUCAUUUGAUGCUGAUGAAAACAGACAGAUAGAUUUUGCUGAGUUUCUACAUCGUUUAAGACCACCAUUACCUCAAGCAAGAAUCAAAAUUAUAGAUGAAGUUUUUUGUAAACUUGACGUGAACGGAGAUGGAGCGAUAAAAACUGAUGAUUUAAAAGUGUUGUAUUCUUCCAGUUCGAAAACAAGAACUGGCGAGUGGAGUCAUGAAGAGGAAGACAAACUUGAGAGUUUUAUUGAGAAUUAUGAUACACCGGAUGACGAAGAUGGGAAAAUUACAAAAGAAGAAUUUUUGAAUUACUACGCCGGAGUUAGUGCUCGUGUUCCAGAUGAUGCAUUUUUCAUCAUGACAAUGAAACAAUGUUUUGGUCUGCCUCAAGGAUAAGCUUAUCGUUAGAUAUAUGCUUUGUAACAAUCAAAAUCAAUAAUUUUGUUUUAAUUAUCCAGGCAAUCUGUAAUUUUAAACAAAUCAUAGAACAAAUGCAUUAUUCUUUUUAACUUUAAUAAUCUAAAUAUAUUUCAAUAUAAAACAUUUUGAUAGAAAUACAGUUAUGAUGUUGUCCUGGAUUACUAUGGAAGGAAGUUUUAGACAUUUUGUCCGAUCCUUUGAAUUUGAAAAUCGAAGUUUGUCAUCUAGAGUCUGUAACGAUGGAUACUGUCGAUUUGAUGAGUUAAUAGAUAUAAGAAGAUGUGAUAUGAGUGCCAAUGAGACAACUCUCCAUCCAAGUCAAAAUUUAUAAAAGUAAACCAUUAUAGGUCAAAGUACGGCCUUCAACACGGAGCCUUGGCUCACACCGAACAGCAAGCUAUAAAGGGUAUCAAAAAUUACAAGUGUAAAACCAUUCAAACGGGAAAUCCAACGGUCUAAUCUAUAUAAAAAACGAGAAACACUUAUGAACUACAUCAACAAACGACAACUAUACUGAACAUCAGAUUCCUGACUUAGGACAGGUACAAACAAUUGCAGCGGGUUUAAACGUUUAAAUGGUACCAAACCUUCACCCUUAUCUGAAACAAUAGUGUAACAUCACAACAUAGAAAGACACACUAUAAAAUAUCAAUUAAAAUGGCUUAACUCAAUCAAAAGACAUAUUACCGGUAACACCAGUGAACAUACACUGAACAAAUAAAUUUGAUCUAUGAUACAAUGUAAAUACAAAAUAAAUAAACUAAGGGAGGAAUAAUUAAAGUAACAUGUUAAGCCCUUUUAACUAAUUUUUAUAGUGUGUUCUUAUACUGUGCUGUUACAACGACCACUGUCCCAGGUUGGGGAGGGUUGAGCGAUCACAAACAUGUUUAAAUCCUCUUCAUUUUAAAUGUGCCCGUGUUAAAUCAGGAGGCUGUUACCGGUAUUAUGUGGUUGUCUUUGGUUCCUGUCAAUCAUAUUAGUUUUUCGUUAAUCGUUUUGUACAAUACUAGUAAUCAUGCCGUUAGUUUUCUCGUUUGAAUUGUUUUAUAUUUUGUCCUAUCGAGCUCUUUAAUAGCUUACUAUAUGGUACGGGUUUUGCUCAUUGUUGAACGCCGUACGAUGACUUAUAAUUGCUUCAUCUAUGUUAUUUGUCUCUGGUGGAUAGUUAUCUCAUUGGCAUUCCAUACCACAUCUCCUUGUUUUUCUAUAUUAAUGAACUAGUUACUUUUAUUAAGAAAACAAAUAAAAUAAAAUACAAAAUCA